CGUCAACGGAGAAAGGGGCGGAGUCAGCGGACUGCAGAAUACGAGCCAAUCAGCUGCUGCGCUUAUUUUCCUUCUAUGACACGAACGAAACCCGCACGCUUAGCAGCUGGAGACAGAAGAGCAUCAGAACCGAGCUGACAGUCUGCAUAUACAACACAAACCAGUCUCUGUUUCCUGCCCUAAUGGCAACGGAGGACAAAGGAAAAACGACGGCGGCUCAGGCUUUACCGGAAACGGGUUUAUUCUCAACAGCAACAACACACAGCAAUCUAAAUAAUAACAACAACAACAAUAAUAACAACAAAGACAGCGACGGAAGCGAAGGAGCCACGACAGCCACAUCUACUGCAGUUGAAUCCGAUGGGGAUGAAAAUAUUAUUAGGAACGGUUCUGUCGUUAACAUCACUGGAGGCAAUAACGGGAAAUGGGUCCGUCUCAACGUCGGGGGGACGGUGUUUCUAACGACGCGACAAACGCUGCUGAAGGAGCAAACUUCAUUUCUGUAUCGACUGUGUCAGCAGCAGGAUUUGCAUUCUGAUACGGAUGAAACUGGUGCUUAUGUGAUCGACCGAGACCCCACCUAUUUCGGUCCCAUACUCAACUACCUGCGACAUGGAAAGCUGGUUUAUAACAAGGAGCUGGCUGAGGAAGGUGUCUUGGAGGAGGCAGAAUUUUACAACAUAACACCACUGAUCAAAUUAAUCAAAGAACGGAUUCUUGAGAGAGACACCAAAGCCACACAGCAAGUACCACCAAAGCACGUGUAUCGGGUGUUGCAGUGUCAGGAAGAGGAGCUCACCCAGAUGGUGUCCACCAUGUCGGACGGCUGGAAGUUUGAGCAGAUGGUGAACAUUGGGUCAUCCUACAGCUAUGGAACCGAGGACCAGGCUGAAUUUCUCUGUGUAGUUUCGAAAGAGCUCCACACCUCGGGUGGAGGAUUAGGGACUGAACAGAGCCACAAGACUAAGACCUCGGACACACAGGAGGAAGAUGGAGCAAAGGAGGAGGAGGAAGAGGAGGAGGGAGAGAGAAAUGCCACCGCCAAUGAGUGGAUUAGAGAUUAGAAACAUGUGUCAAUGUCCCCAAGGAAUUGCUGUUCCAGAUCCAUGGAUCCCGGAUGUAGGAUAAAGAGAAUGUUAUUUUUCUAGACGUUUGUUUGAACAUGUGCUCAUGAUGCUGUUUUUAUAGCCAUACUUUUUUAGAUUUGUUGACAACCGGUAUUAGUGGGAAACUACAAAAAAAAUGUGCUGGAUUAAAAUGUAAGCAAAGGGUACCUGAUGUAUUACCAUUUCAGAAACGACACAAUUAUAUCUUAGUACAUGCCCUGUUACCAAAGAGUGCAACUUGAACAAAGCGCUUAUAAACGAGGACUUAGAAACGAGUUUCUUUUUCUCUUUUUUUGAUUAAAAAAUCACUACAGUAAUACGAUGUUAUCCACAAUAGACUGUCAGGACAAUACUGUAAUGUUUAUUCAUUAUUAGGGUUUAGGUCAUGCACAUUUACAGUGGUACAUGAAUAUUGACCUCAUCAUAGGCCAUGUUUCAUCUUGCAAACAUCCGCAGAUCAGUUGUAGGUACCGUGCCAGUAGUGUCACCCUGGCAGACCACCAGAAGUGCACUAUACCCACAUUUUCAGUCUGCAGCAGCUCAUUUGGAUAGUCAGUGGCGCCGGCUAAAAGGUUAUAAUGUCAUUAUAGGUCACUGGGGUGUUGAAUGAUCUGUUUUUGUGCUGUAGCUGUAUGUUAUAUAUGGAAUUUUAAUAUUUCCUGAACAAUAUUCACUUAGUCAACAAAACUUUUGUUCAUUAGCUUAUGUGCUGGAACUUUUUGGUGGAUUAUAAAACUAUGUUCAUGUGCAUUGUGCGAAGGUUCAAUUUCUUCCUGGAACAAGCCUUUGUUAUUAGCAAUCAAAUCAACGCGCCUCAAAUUAACAAAUAUUCAAGUUAAGCACUUUUUGCUUUGGCAUAGAGCAGAGCAUAUCUGCAUUCUGUGCUAUGGGCUGAUUUGUAUGCCUGAACCUGUUUAUCAAAUACGUCGUGGUUUGCACAAAUUUGCAUAGACAUAUCCCGAUGGGUGGAGGUCAUUUUUCAAAUAAGAGCAUGUUUGAUGACACGGCAUUCUCAUGUUCAUCUGUUUGUAAUGGCAACAUGACUUUUUUCUGUAUUUAUAAUGUGACAAGUGGAAUUCACAAAGAAAAUUUUGUUGCUACCAGGUCACCAGUGUGUUACCAAGUCACCCUAACAAUGUUCAUAUUAUCUGCAAUGGCACAAUGAUAUUUUAAAACUGUGAAGAUAAAUACAAUCCUUGUGUCUUGAUAGACAGCAGUGAAUUGCUGUUAAUGUCAUAAAUUCUAUCAUCAGUGAAUAGACAUGCAACAAAAUGUUUUUUUAAAUAGGACUGGUGUGUUGAACAAUCAUUUUUAAACUUAUUUUAGUUUUUAAUAUCAAUAUUUAGUGCGUCAGUUAAAACAUUUGUAUGGCCUUGCCUUUUUUAUCAUGUUUGAUGCUACAUAAUGUGCCACCUUUGAAGUGAUUCUGAAAUAAUACAUGUAGUAUGUUUGUAUUUAAUACAGGGUAAUAAAUGAUGUUACUUGUCAGGGCACAUGUAAUAUUUUGUCUCGAAUGUGUGUAGUCUGUACACUGACAAUAUAAGGUUCUUGGUUUUAGAUGAAUGACAAUGCUCAACUUAUGUUUUUGCUUCAUGCUUUUGUUUUGUAUUGUAUAUUUUUUGUAAGAUUUUCAGGUGUGAAACAUAAUACAAAAUAGUCCCAGAAACCAGUCCGUUAGGAUUUUAAGCUCUAGGUGUUAUUUAUUUAUCAAAUAUGGGAUUUGUCUUUUUUAUUGAUUAUUUAUUUUUUCAAGGUGUGAAAAGUUAAGUAGAAGUUUGUAUUUAUUUAGUUUUUGUCAUGCACACAUGUACAAAUUAUGAAAUUGAAUUCAUACAUGUUACAUAAUUUAUAAAGAUUAGAAAACACUUUGCGUUGAGUUUUGUUUAGCAUUUAAAGCACAGACCCUUAGUAGUAUGUAUGUACUGUAUUGUAUGUCGAUAUUUUUAGCAAUCAGUUGGAAAAUGUUGACGUUAGAAGUUCAGAUAGCAUUGUUGUGUACAUACAUAGAUAUCAAGGCAGUUCAAAUAAACUUCAGACUUUUUCAGAAAAUAUUGUGCAAGGUCUUUUGAAAUAGU